UGUCGUCCAAAUUACCUACAGAAACAGACAGGAGACCUUCUCUUCUGGAUUCCUAGGGCACAGAAGACCCUACUUUGCUGCUACAACAAUCCUUCGUUCUUCAAAGGUAGUCAUGUGCAGCAGCAGCAGUAAGCUUCUCAGUCAGUGACAGAUACACCCAGAUCUUCCACAGCCAAACAGAACAGAUAAAGCAUUUUUUAGGCUGGCUCCAGAAGACCCAGACUGUGUCUGACUAUCACCUUUCUGCAUAAUUAUUUUGGUGUUCAGGAUGAAUAAGACGAGGGCUGUUAACGAUGGCUUUCCUUUCCUGAACAGUAAGAACUGGAGCUCAAACCGAAGCUUCCCUGUGCACAUUUCUAAUCAGUGCAGGAACAUCACCGACCUUACUGUCUUUCUGGCCACCUCUUACAGCUUGGAGACGGUCCUAGGCAUCGUGGGAAACAUCUGCCUGAUUGCUGUCAUUGCCAGGCAGAAGGAAAAGGCCAACGUCACCAACAUCCUAAUUUCCAACUUAAUAAUUUCAGACUUGUUUAUGUGCCUUGUCUGCCUGCCUUUCACCGUUGUUUACACCAUGAUGGACUACUGGAUAUUUGGGGAAUUCAUGUGCAAAAUGACCUCUUUCACUCAGUGCACAUCUGUGACAGUGUCAAUUCUUUCUCUUGUCCUUAUUGCUCUGGAAAGACACCAGCUCAUCAUAAACCCAACUGGAUGGAGGCCAAGUAUCUCCCAAGCAUAUCUAGGAAUUGGAGUAAUUUGGACUUUAGCGUGUCUCCUGUCCCUGCCUUUUUUAACCACAUCCAUCUUGUCUAAUGAUUUGUAUGAGCAGCUCUCACACAUCAUGAAUUUUUCCACUGACAAGGUCAUAUGCAUCGACUCAUGGCCUUCUGAGCAACACAGACUUAUCUACACUACCACUUUACUGCUCUUGCAAUAUUGCCUCCCACUGUUCUUCAUUAUACUUUGCUACCUGCGUAUCUACUUACGUCUACAGAAGAGAAAGGACAUGUUUGAGAAGAGUGAAUACAGCAACCGAGCGGUUCAGCUGAGAAGGAUAAAUAUUUUGUUAGCAUCCAUGGUUGCUGCGUUUGCUGUUUGCUGGCUACCGCUGCAUGUUUUCAACACCAUUGUGGACUGGAAUUACAAAAUCAUUUCGCCUUGCCACCACAAUCUGAUCUUCUCAUUGUGCCACCUGUUAGCUAUGGCUUCUACCUGUGUCAACCCUGUUAUCUAUGGUUUCCUAAAUAGCAACUUCAAAAAAGAAGUCAAGUCACUGAUUCUGAGUUGCCAGCAUAAUUCAGUAACUGCAUCAAUGGAAGAAUAUGACCAUUUGCCUUUAUCCACCAUGCAGACUGAAAUCUCUAAGGGCUCACUGAUGUUGAACUGCAGACAUAAUUCUAUCUAGCCAGUAGAAAACAUUUCAGAGGGGUGCACUGACACCACACGCCAAUUACCACCUGUAGGUAUAAAAAACGACUGGUGAUGCCAUAGCUGGGAUGUGAACAGGAACCCACUACUGCCUGAUUUUUGGAAGGACAGGCAAAGGAAGGUCGUAAAUGCAUACAGUAGCUCCUAUGGUACACAAGUUGUUCCUAUCGCCGAGAUGGUACAGACAUUGAGGAGACCGGGCUGAUGUAUACACGGCUGCUCUAACAGAUCAGUGACUAAUCCGUGGCUGCACGUACGCUGGCAUGGGGUUCAUCAGCUAAGCUCACAUCUCUGCCACGGCUGUGGUAGAAACCCAGACUUCCAGUUUCAGCACCGCAGGCGGCCAAAAGUCGUGUUAGAGAAGACUCCGUUUUUCAGUAUUAGUAAGAAUUUUAUGCAUGGCUGACACACCAGUGGAAGGGAUAUGUAAAUACAUAAAUUUUUUGUGCUUUACCAACUCUCACAUCCCAUUAGGUAACAGUAAUCUUUCAGCAGAUCCAGUUCACAUCAAACAACGGGAUGUUUGUAUGAAAGUUCUCUCUCUGCCAUGUAGGCUUGGGAAUAGCCACUGUCUCUGCAAGGAGGGACACGGAACAAUGACCCUGCUAUGUAAAGAAAAGAGUUACUUGUUGAAGGACGGUGGCAAAUGAAAAUGUUACUCAGCGGAUUAAAUUCUUAAAACACAUUGAGGUGAUGCUGAGCGGUAUUUUUAAGCAAAUGAAAAACAGUUGUUGAUCUACCUGGAAAUGAGUCCGGUUGACUUUGCAAUUCCUGCUGCUAUCAGUCACAAGGCUCUGCAAUGCUAAAACUGCAUGCCAUGAUGAUAGAAGGCAACUGGAUUACUGGAGUUGUUCCAGGUCUUGGUAGCAAGAUAUCACUUCUGUUUCAGCAGCUCCCUGGUACUUUAAUUGCAAAGGACCUCAUUCAGAAGGUCAGAGCGGGCAUGUAAACAUGUUUGUAGAAACCACAUCUUUUCAGAGUGGGUACACUCCCAAAGCAAGCAUAUGCAUGGAGGCUUUCGGUUUCCUGUUAAAAUAAAACCAGAUGUCAGAUACCAGUCCCACUCGCUGGCAUCAGCAACAGAGAUGGAGCUGAAAUUCCAACUAAUCAGUAGAAGGCCAAUGAAAAUACACAAGCAGAAUCCAGGCUGGGCUGAAGCCAAGCUACAUGUAAAUAAGUGGUAUUGUCAAUCGCUCUGCUAAAGUGAGGGUCAUGCUUUUUUCGCAUUUGUGGCAUUUUUAGUCUUUGUCCACAAAACCGACAAACCAUAAACUCAUUUUGGCCUCUGGAGCCAGAGACAUUGCUCAGUGACUACUGAGAAACCAAGAAGUAGGUACGCCCAAAAAGCCCGUACUGAGGAAUAGAUUAAAAAAAAAAAAAGGCACCAAGUGUAGAAAGGAGACCAACCAGGUCAACGCUAAAGAAAUAUGGAAGCAUAUUCUGUCCUGAGUUGUUAAACUAUCCUUAGCAGAAGACUGGACUAGGUGACCACCCGAGGUGAUUUCCAACCUGCAUUGUGCUAUGACAAGCAGCCAUUACUCGUUGUAGUCAAUGGGUUUGCAUUGAGUUGACGCUAUCCAAUGUAUAGUUACACAGACAGCUAGAAAUCCCUCAGCUGGAAGCUCUCCGAUCAGGCAAAUUGGUAAAUACUUAGGGGAGGAGAAAAUUCUUCCCAUGCUGUGGUCUGACGGGCAAUAUGGAUGUCGGACAGAGUAUCUGAAGACAACAGCAAAACCUUAUGUUAUAAGGUAGCAAGAGCUAUCGACAAGUAUGAGAUCAUAUCCUCAGCCGGCAGAAGUGGGAGUUAAUCCCUUGCCAUGAGCUUGGUGCACAGAAAUUGGCGGCAAAACUUCAAAUUUGGACUUGAAUUCUUGUGUGCAGUCUUAAGGCAGGAGCUGUUUUGAUGCAGCCACCCUUUUUUAAUCCUGGGCAGAACCUAUAUAGCUCAGUAAGAGACUUUGCCUGUGAUUACCUUUUGUAUCUUCCUCAAUUACCUGGCAAGACAUUUUUGCUUCUUUCAAACGGACUUCUGCUUUCUUUGUUCUUUGUCACUUUCCACAGUAUGAUGAGAAGUUGUUUCUCUUGA